ACGUGAAAAAAAUUUUUUGUGACUUAAGUGAUUUUCGGAAAUAUUAUUUUCUAAAUAUGAGUGAUAAACUAAAAAUGGAGUCACAAAACGGUGCCAAUGAUUUGCCUUACGUGGUUCACACUUCUGAAGAACUUGGAAAAUAUCUAGUCGCCUCACGGGACCUUACUCCAGGAGACUUGGUGCUGACUGAAAGACCACUGGUCUUUGGUCCUAAAGGCAUGCUGGACCCUGAGGAAGUCAUGCCUUGCGUUGGCUGUUACAAACCAGUGUUGACUGAAGCUGGAGAGCGGUGUGCUAAAUGCGGAUGGCCUGUCUGCUCAGGCAACUGUCCAGGAUUAAAAGAUCCAAGACAUCACGCUGCAGAGUGCGAAAUUCUCAGCUUGAGAUCAGAAUGUGCACUCAAUGCCAUGGCUGACUACUAUAGGCACGAUGCAUUGCUUCCAUUGAGGUGUGUGCUUCUACAGAAGACAGAUCCUGAAGGUUGGAAGAAUUUGCUGGAAAUGCAAUCGCAUAUGGAAUGUCGAACUCCUGGAACAGAAGCUUAUGAUGAGGCGAAUGAAUUCAUCGUCGAAUAUCUAAUGAACAACUUCGUGAGCAAACUCGAUGAGACACAGAAGAAAACCUAUGAAAUUACUGCAGAAUUACUUCAUAGAAUAUGUGGAAUCAUUGACACCAAUGCUUUAGAAAUUCGCUUACCACAAGGAUCUGAACUAAAUGCUCUAUAUGCAGAGACUUACAAAAUGGAACAUAGCUGUGUUCCUAAUACAAAGCACACUUUCAAUCUUUCACCAAAAGAUAGAAAAGAUUUGUACAAAAUAACUAUCAAAGCUGUAGUACCAAUAGUAAAAGACAACCACAUAUCGACGAUGUAUAGCCACGCAUUAUGGGGAACUCAAGCUAGAAGACAGCAUUUGAAAGACACAAAAUUCUUUGCUUGCAAAUGUCCAAGAUGUAGUGACCCUACUGAAUUAGGUACUUACUUAAGUGCAAUGAGAUGUUUAGGUGAUGGGAACAACCCUUGUGACGGAAUUCAUUUACCACAAGAUCCAUUAGAUGAUGAAACAGACUGGUCUUGUAACAAAUGUCCAGCUAAAGUUAGCAAUUCUCAAAUAAAUAUGGUUAUAUCACAAAUGGGAGAGGACGUUGAAAAUGUUCUGAUGAUGGGUGGCUCAGUAACUGUCUUAGAAAACCUUCUAUUUAGACUGUCAACCUUUUUACAUCCCAAUCAUUAUCAUAUGUACACGAUAAAGCACUCGCUAGUACAAUUGUAUGGAAGGCAACCUGGUUAUACGUCGAAGGAGAUUUUAGAAAAGAAAAUUAAAAUUUGUAGAGAACUUAUAGCCGUGACUAAGACCUUGGAUCCAGGGAACGCUAGGCUUAGUUUGUACAAUAGUGUCUUACAACAUGAACUGCAUUCUGCUCUAGUCAUGAAGUUCAAGAAUGGUGUAAAGGAUGACGAGGUUAAACCUUUACUAACUGAAGCUAAACUAUCAGUUGAAGAUGCGUUGAACUCACUCAAAGAUGACAUGGAUGAAGUUUCAGGAAAAAAACUACAAUCUGUUAUUGAAGAUAGCAAACAUGAAUUUAAAAGGCUGUGUAAACAAAAGAAUCUGGAGAUUUGAUUGACGUUAUUUGUUAUUAAAUUGAUUUUUAUAUUUUUCAUUGAAUAUUUUAUUUUAUUUUCCUUU